CACCAACGAGGCGGGCUUUCACUUUCCCUUCUCUCUCUGUGUAUGCCACACCUUUUUUUUGCUCCGACAAUUACAUUCUCUCGGUUUUUCUCUUCUCCACCCGGUGCUGACCCCGCUGUGGGAUUAGUAGUCGGGCAACAUGGAGCAUAUUCACAAGCGGGAUGUGCAUACUUCGCAUACGGAGCGUAGUAGUAGCACCGUGGAGAUUCGGCAGGUUCAGAACGUUGCUUUUGCCGAUGCUACGGCAAAGGCUAAUGUUAGGCCGUGGACAAAGGCUAUGUUCAAGUUGUACUUUUGCCUCUUUAUCGCCACACUCAACUCUUGCAUCAAUGGCUACGAUGGAUCGCUCAUGGGCGCAAUCAACAGCUAUCACCAGUACCGGUCGUAUUUUGGCUUCGACAUCGAUGAGGGGACGCCGACUACUGGAAUCGUCUAUGCCAUUUAUACAAUUGGUAACCUUGUCGGCUCGUUUGUAGCCGGUCCAGCUACAGAUUUCCGAGGACGAAAAUGGGGGAUGUUUAUUGGCACUUCGAUUAUCAUUGUUGGUGCCUGUAUUCAAGCAACGUGCGUUAACCUCGGUGGCUUCAUGGGUGGUCGUUUUAUUCUGGGCUUCGGUGUCGCCAUAACAUCGACUGCCGGCCCAGCUUAUGUAUCUGAAAUGGCCCAUCCUUCCUACCGCGGCGUCUGCACCGGCAUCUUCAACACAUUCUGGUACGUCGGUGGUAUCCCCGGAUCCUUCGUUCCCUACGGCACAAGCAACAUCCCCGGCACGCAAUCCUGGCGCAUCCCCGUGUGGCUCCAACUCAUCUUCGCGGGCAUCGUCUUCUGCUGCUCACCAUUCCUGCCGGAAACCCCCCGCUGGCUCAUCGCCAAUGACCGGCACGAGGAAGCCCUAAACACGAUGGCACGCCUGCAUGGCGAAGGCGACCGCGACUCGCCCAUCGUCAAGCUCGAAUACAAAGAAAUGGUCGAAGACAUCAGCGUCACGGGCUCCGACAAGCGCUGGUGGGACUACCGCGAACUCUUCAACUCGCGCGAGGCCCGCUACAGAACCAUGCUCGUUCUCGCCAUGGCCUUCUUCGGCCAGUGGUCCGGCAACGGGCCCGUCUCCUACUACUACCCUACCAUGCUGCAAGGCGCUGGUAUAAACAACAAUCACACCCGUCUCCUCUACAACGGCAUGCAAAACGUCGUUUCCUUCAGCGGCGCCAUUUUCGGCGCCAUCUACACGGAUUCCUGGGGUAGAAGACCCCAGUUGCUUGUUUCGACGGCGAUGCUCGUCUUCAUCUUCGCCAUUGUGUGUGCGCUUGUUGCAACGAAUUUGAAGACGGGGCCGGAUGGGCAGCCGGCGGUUAUUGCGUUUGUCUUCAUAUGUGGGUUCGUGUAUAGUGUUGGCUACACGCCGUUGCAGCAAUUGUACCCUGUAGAGUGUCUGCGGUACGAGUCUCGCGCAAAGGGCAUGGCGUUUUAUAACUUUUGGGUUAACAUUGCGAAUUUCUACAAUACGUUUGUGACUGGGAUUGCGUUUUCAGGGGCGGGUUGGAAGUACUACCUCCUCUUUAUCUUCUGGGACAUUUUCGAAUUCAUCUUCAUCUACUUCUUCUUCGUCGAAACUCGGCGCCGCACCCUCGAGGAAAUCAGCGACAUCUUCAACGCUAAGAAACCAGUCAAGCACUCGCUCAACAAAACUAGUAUCCUCGUUCAUGCAAACGGCCGCGGCGUCACCGAGAUGGUGGAUAAGGAGGAAAGAGUCGUCGAGCGCGAUUUUGCGAAUAGCGCGUUUGUAAGGCCCGGGCAGGGGACUGCGCAGCCUAGGGAUAGUGGCGCGAGCGAGGGGAAGCUGAUUUGGAGGGAUGAGCUGAGGGAUAAGGUUAUGGAUGUUGGUAGGGGUAGUGCGGAGAGCGACAUGGCGAGGGAGGAGGCGCGAUAUGCUGGGGGUGGGUUUGCGGGGAAUGCGUGGAGGGAGGAGAGAGAGCCGUGGUAUGCGUCUUCGCCCAUGUCUUCGCCGAGAAGUCCAUAGCGUUUUGUUCUUUUGUUAAUGAUUUUCUUCUCAUCUUGUUUCUCCUUUUUUUUUUCACAUGUAAAUAUGUUACAUAUGUACACUUUGUUUCUGUAUUACCACACGAUUGUAUGUCUUUCUCAUCUUCUUGAACAUGGCUUGAUAGAACUACUACUGCGUUUAUCAACUCAAAUUGAAGAAAGAAAGAAAACUUGGGGUUUUAACCAACAAGUUAGUCUUGCUAUACUCUUUACCCCUGUGAGAACCCACAAAACUCCACGCAAUGCAUACCAUCUACAAAAAGGGGGGUAUCACACACAUGUCAGU